AUGUAUGAUUAUCAACAAACCAGUUUACCACCGAUACGUGCUCGCCAACAACGGCCAAACGGUGUUCAAGUCCAACAACUCUAUGAAAGUAGUCCAGUACAUCAUCAUCAACAAUAUUAUCCAACACAUUUACGUCAUGUUGGUGGAGGAGAUACAACAUCUCACAUUGGACAGACGUCAAUUUCCAAUGGAGGAACGACAACUAUUGCUGGAGCAUCGACGUUAUUAAGUAAUAAUAACACCAAUACUAGUAUAACAAACCAUCAUAAUGGUGGUACAAUCGUUGCACAACCAUCAUCUGAACAAUCGUUAAGAAAAAGUCCGAGUGUCGAUAGUCUAGCAUCAUUACGUUCAACAUCUCAACAAAAACGUCAAACAAAUGCACUUGAUCCAGAGACAGCUAUGAAAUCGUACAUGUCGAAAUUAACUACAUUUGAACGUCAUGAAAUAUUUAGUUUUCCACAAAUCUAUUUUGUUGGACAAAAUGCGAGAAAACGUCAAGGAGUAGGUGGUGGACCGAAUAAUUGUAAUUACGAUGACGAAAAUGGAUCAUACAUAGCCGUACAACAUGAUCAUAUAUCAUAUCGUUAUGAAAUAUUGAAAAUUAUUGGUAAAGGUUCAUUCGGUCUAGUUGUCAAAUGUUAUGAUCAUAAACAUGGUAGUCAAGUAGCAUUAAAAAUUGUUCGAAAUGAAAAACGUUUUCAUCGUCAAGCCCAAGAAGAAAUUCGAAUAUUAGAACAUUUAAAAAAACAAGAUCGUGAUAAUACUUUUAACGCAAUACACUUGUACGAAUGGUUUCAAUUUCGUAAUCAUAUAUGCAUCACAUUUGAAUUAUUAUCAAUGAAUUUAUAUGAAUUAAUUAAAAAAAAUCGUUUUCAAGGUUUUAGUUUACAAUUGGUGAGAAAAUUUGCCCAUUCAAUAUUACAAUGUUUAGACGCAUUAUAUAGAAAUAAAAUUAUACAUUGCGAUUUAAAACCAGAAAAUAUUUUAUUAAAACAACAAGGAAGAAUGAUUGAUUUUGGAUCAAGUUGUUUUGAACAUCAGCGUGUAUAUACUUAUAUACAAUCAAGAUUUUAUCGUGCUCCAGAAGUGAUAUUGGGUGCCAAAUACGGUAUGCCAAUCGAUAUGUGGUCAUUGGGAUGUAUAUUGAGUGAAUUAUUAACCGGUAUGCCCUUAUUUCCGGGUGAAGAUGAGUCUGAUCAAUUGAGUUGUAUCAUGGAAAUUAUUGGAAUGCCAAGUCAAAAAUUAUUGGAUUCAUCAAAACGUGCAAGAAAUUUUGUUAGCUCCAAAGGUCAUCCGCGUUACUGUACAUUAACUACAUUGCCUGAUGGAUCAACUGUUUUACAAGGCGGUAGAUCAAAACGCGGUAAGCCGCGUGGUCCACCGGCAACCAAAGAAUGGUCACAAGCAUUAAAAAAUUGCGAUGAUCCUCUAUUUAUUGAUUUUCUUAAACGUUGUUUCGAAUGGGAUCCAACCCUUCGUAUGACACCACCUCAAGCAUUAAGACAUUCGUGGUUAAGACGGCGUUUACCUAAACCGCCUGCUGAACCAGCCCCACAAAACAGACCGUCUGCCGUCUUACGUCAUCAUCAUAUGAUACCAGGACAACAACAUCAGACAUUAAACGGUCAUACGAGUGCCACUGGACGAACUAAUAGUGGCAUAGGAGGAAAUACCGCUAAUGGUGUAAAUGGUGGUGGCACAUAUACGAGCCAUCAUCAUUUGUAUCAUUCAAAUAAUAAUAAUACAUUAUCGAAAGCAUUUCCGUCGACAGCUGAAUUAAAUCGACAUCAAAAACUUCCACAUAUCGGUCAGACUUUAAAUUCUGUCCUCGAUUGA